AUGUCAACCUUUCUCUUGAAAAUCUUUCUUCUCAUUUCUAUCUUUCACAUUUCUUUGGCCACCAGGAGGUUGAAUGAGUUGGUGCAAAACCCGACUCAGCUUCUUCAUUACCACAAUGGCCCUCUUCUCUCUGGCAAAAUCUCAAUCAACUUCAUUUGGUACGGUCACUUCAAAUCUUCCCAGAAGGCCAUAGUCUCCGAUUUCAUCACCUCACUGUCCUCUCCCACACAUAGCACCCAACCAUCCGUCGCCACAUGGUGGAAAACCACUGAGAAAUACUACCACCUCACCGGUACUAAAAAAACCACCCCUAAACUUUCCCUUUCACUUAACAAGCAGAUUCUCGACGAAAGGUACUCGCUCGGAAAAUCCCUCACGACCAAGAACCUCAUUGAGUUGGCUUCCAAGGGUGAACACAGAAACGCCGUCAACGUUGUUUUAACCUCAGCUGAUGUGGCUGUUGAAGGCUUCUGCAUGAGCCGAUGCGGGACACAUGGUUCCUCCUCGGUAGGCCAUGCCAUGGGGAGCAACAAGAGCUACAAGUUCGCUUACGUUUGGGUUGGGAACUCGGAGACUCAGUGUCCGGGCCAAUGUGCGUGGCCGUUUCACCAACCUAUUUAUGGGCCGCAGGGCCCACCGUUGGUAGCGCCCAACAAUGACGUGGGCCUUGAUGGAAUGGUGAUGAAUCUGGCGAGCCUGUUGGCGGGGACUGCGACAAACCCGUUUGGGAAUGGAUUCUUCCAGGGCCCCGCAGAGGCGCCGCUGGAAGCCGCAUCUGCGUGCCCUGGGGUUUAUGGUAAAGGGGCUUACCCUGGUUUCGCUGGAAACUUGCUGGUGGAUUCUUCUACAGGUGCGAGCUACAAUGCGCACGGUGGUAAUGGAAGGAAGUACCUGCUUCCUGCUUUGUAUGACCCUUCCACGUCAUCCUGUUCCACGCUAGUUUGA